UUUCGUUUGCACUGGAUUCUCUAGUAUGACAAUUGAUUAUUUCUUAAGAGUGCCUUACAAUGUUCAUUUGAAUUUCGUGUGUGUCAAGCUCUGUCAGAGAGUGAAUAUUUGUACUCUUAUUUUGCAUCGAUUGUGUUUUUACUGUUGACGCCGUAUAUGACUCAAAUGUACAGAGCAUAUUAUAUUAUUUUUAUUAUAUUUUCUUUCAUUAUUGCAGAAAAAAUAUUAUCCCUUGAUUUUGUUUUACAAAUGAAUGGUUUAUUUUUUGUAGGUCUUGCUCUGAUCAAGAUUGUUUUUUUUAUUCCUGACUCAUAUUUGCAAAGAAUGGAUGUGACUGGAGCGCACAUACAGCUCCUCUCUUUUUCUAUUGACAAGUCUAGGCUAUGACUAGUGUAGUGGCAUUACGUAUGUUAGGUCAGCCGAAACGUGCUAUAGAUUUAAUCAGCUAGACCUCUAAGUCAGUGUUAGUAUAUAUUCGCCACUGAUGAACUUGUGGUAUUUGAUUCGUUGAAACCAACUUUUUGUCUUUCGGAGUUUCCAAUUUUCUUAAACUGACAUGUAAUUAAUGUAAAAGUAUGUAAUGGACAAAAGUACUACACAUAAGGUUGCUUGCAAUGAUCUUACUGCGACAAAGAAAAGUGUACAACAAGUUGGCCAGGUUGAGAUCUUCAUUUCACUUAUUUCUUCUUUCCUACUUUGGACAACAUUUUGACUCUUAGUUCAUUUUGUUUUGGAUUUUCUUUAUUGAUUUCAUUUUCUUCUGUAUCUUCCCAUCUUCAAGAAAGUUAUGUUCGGGUCACGAAUCGUAAGCAGACAGGUUUGAUGAAUUGUAUUUAUUUGUAUACAAUACCCUUAUGCAGCCACAGUAGAAAUGCAUGAACAUAGGUCAUAACAUCUAGCUGAACGCUUGUUAAUUAUGAUAUCGCAUGCAUUUUGUCUAACUUUUUUGUAUUGGUACAUUUUUUAUUGAUAAUAUACUGUUUUGUACACUUCAUAUAGUCUUGGUAAAGAUGGUCUCUCUGCCUGUGGCGUACACAAUUAUUUAAAAAAUGUUGUUUGUUUUCGUUGAUUCAUAACUAACAGAAUCGGUGCAUGAGCCUGUAACGUGUUUGUACGAUCAGACUUCCAUAUCGUCACCAGUUAGUAGAAAGAAUUUGAGAUUCCUGUCUAUAUCAUUCAAACCACCAUGUGAUACACUGACUUCACCCCAUAAAACCCUGUAAUUUUGUCGUCUUCUUUGCUUUCCUGCUUAUGUUUUUAGAGCAGGACGUCAAGAUAUGCAUUUUGGUUUCAGGUGUCAGAGUUGGGCUUUUUUCAAGAAAUGCGUGUUUUUCUCGUUGCCAUUGCUUUCGAGAGUGUCUACUACGAUUAAUCUAAGAAAAUUCACGGUACUUUGAUAAUUAUUAUUCUGUGUUCUUUGACAAACAAAACCCUUUCUCACAAAAGUAUUACACAAUUAGGAUGCUAGUCUUUCGAACCCUGAAUCAAUACGAAAAAUAAAAAGAAAGGGAAAAAAAGCAACCAAAAUCAGCACCACGCUGUAUUAACUUUUUCGGCUACGCAUACAGUGAUACACACGUAGAGAGACUGAUAGCGGUUAAGCUUCUGGUGUGGUUCUUCUUUUCCAAGUGCUGUCUGCUUACUUCAGUAACCUCAUUCCGUGACGGAGAUCUGUUCUGUGGACUCUUCCUUUAUGUCUAUGGUGUAGGUUUUGUUUGUUCGCUGUUGUUGUUGAUGUUGUUGUUGUUGUUGUUUUAAAAGGUUGUGGUGAUAGGGGGUGGUAUGAAUAUCUACAAAGCGGUGCUUUGACUUUAGGUAGGACUGCAUAGUUUAUAAUACAAUGCUUUGGAAAGGAUGCGUUUAAUAAUGAACAUUUGCUUUUUAUAUGCAAAGAGUGCUCUUAUCUUAUACUUUUGCAGAACUUUAUUAUAUAUUAUCAUAAAGUUGUUUUCUGUAGCCUUUCGACUGUUUGAACAUUGUCUGGUGUCUUCUUAUGGUGUUGUAUUUUCAUUUUUUUCUCCAGGAACGUGAGGCUGUAAGUCCAAAAAGAAAAGAAUUUGAUAGUCAUUUUCUGCAUACACUGUCCUGCUAUUUUAUCUUCAGCUACCCCACCCCCUUUGAUGCCUGUUUUCUCCCUGAGUCUGUGUUCCAUCUCCUGCUCAGUUCCUGAAAGCCCUCUCUCUGUAUUCGUAGUCUCCCUCCCUCCAGGUCUCCUCACCUCGCAGGAUCUGAGAACCGCACAAUGUACAGAUUGUCUCCCAAGUUGUUGUUCCUACCCGGACGCCCCGUUUCCUCCCCAGUGUAUAUUCAGAUUUCGUCCUCUUUGCUCCAUACUUUUAGCUCUGGACCUGUAUUGUCUUUGUUAUGUAGACGGAAAUCCUUCCCGUUCUGUCUCUUUUCGUUGAUAUUUCAAGCCACUAUCUUAAUAGCCAUUAUCCAUUGCUUUCAAAUCCGAGUUUGUUUUGUUUUUUUGCCCUUUCUUGACAUUUAUUUUAAAGAAGUGCUUUGGACACUCAUCCUCACUCACGACCCGAAGCUACACCUCAUAAUCCAGUAGAACUACUACAUUGCAGACAUUUCUAUUUUGCUUGGAAAGCUAACGCUAACAUAGCGAGCUUAUCUUUUUCAUGUGUUUGUCUUUCGCACCUCAGUAUUUCAUUUAUGUAGUUAGUAGGACUACUAGAGAUACAGUUGCCAUGGUUUCGAAAACUUGCCUCUGUGAAAUAUGGCAUUUAAUUUGUCUUUAUGAACUCAACCUUGAACAUAUAAAAAACUAGACCUUAGCCACUUCUUAGCAUGUUUGAAAAGCAUUCCUUUUGCUCUAGUAUGCUUCAGUAGGUGUUUUCUUUUUCAGCGCAAGACUAUAUAGAAGUAUAAACAUUUGUACAGGUUUAUAAGAUGGUGUUUGCUAAUCUGGACUGCACUAGAUGUAGCUUGGUCUAAUUGAAGUUUUGAAAACCCCUUUCCCGUUGCAAAAGAGACCACAUCAUAUAUCUAGGUCAUCGGUGUUGAGAAUUCUGGAUUCAAAAUCAACUUUUGAUGUUUGUGAACAGAUUUUCGUAUUUUAAAAAAUCCUGCACCGUCUUGAUCAUAGGAGAAGUGUUGGCUGUCCUGACUUUUAUAGUUUGCUGAGUGAAUAGUUCCUGUAACCGGUAUAGAAAGUACCUCUACAUAGACCGGUUUCACUGGCAUGUGACUGUAAUAGAUGACAUAAACUUUGAAAUUAAUUGAAUUCAGGCUUAAAGUUUGGUCCGGUUUUUCAUAGAGACAAUGGCCUAGGCAGCUAGCGGUCUCAAGCCAAACCAGCUCAAUCUCAAUGUGAACCCGGAAAACCACUUUGGGCAGCUUGUCAGACAUUAUGGCUUGAUGUGUCAUAAUAUUAUAUAAGUUGCCACGUUCAAACCGGUACGCUAGUGGCUUACGUUCCCAUUAAUUUUUAAGCACGUAAAGUUGUGAUUGGCAGACGCAGAACAUCUUUACUUAUUAGAAGGAAUUUAAAGUUUGCAUGUCUUAGGCCAGAUUUAGGAACGUUAAUAGUAUAUUAUGAGUGCACUUUGGACUUGUGCAUUUCAACAACUGUAUUUUCUAUUUAAGUUGUUUGUUUGUUUUUAAUUUGAUUUUUACUUGUUAGUGUAUGUAUUGCCUUCUUCUUAAUGUGUCUGUUGCAUGACAAUAAUACACAUCGCAAAUUCACUGUCAGCCGUGCAUAAAGUAAAUGUUGUCUUGCAUGCUGCUCGUGUUAUUCCCCCAUCCAGGAAAAAGAGCGGGAGAAGAAGGAGAACGCCCGGAAUAAGCACAACGCCAUGUAUGACGUGGCUGUGGUCCAGGUAUCCGCGAAGCGCGCAGCCAAUGAGGUGCGUCAGCUUGUGAGCGCUGAGCAACAGAGGGCCAACAAUGACAACGAUGCGGCUUUGUCGGAGAAGGGCAAUGUGAACAACUCAGCUGCUCGUAUCGGAACCAGGGUGAAGCUGGGCGCAGACCUUCAAGCUAGAGAUAAAGAUAACACGGACUCUAAACUGUCCCAGGCCUUCAGUCCCUCCACGAACCAACGAGCCAAAUUUCCGGUCAAAUCAAAGCAAUCAGAAAACCAAAAUGGCAACGUGGCUGAGGUAAACAUCAAUUGCUGCAUACAAUCCUAACGCUGCACUGCUCCAUGUGGGCAUGAUGAAGCUAACCGCUUGCGUACAUUUUGCGUUUUUUAAAACUUAUCAUUAUCUGUUGCAGUUUGCAAGCUUGUAGAUUAGUUACUUGGUGUGAAAACUUACAAUUUCUUAAAUUAGUUUGAAUGGAAGCGAGAAAGGGAGAGGGGUGGGAGAGGGUUUUUGUCUGGAUGAUCGAUAUAAGGACAGGAAGGUGGAGACGAAUAUGGAUGACGGACGGACAUGUAGACUUUAUGAUAGUGUUAUAUCCUGUUCUUGUAUGCAUGAGAGAGAGAGAGAGAGAGAGAGAGAGAGAGAGAGAGAG